UUCGACGACUAAGAGUAUAGCUGCUUCAAUCGUAAAUAAGUCAUACUCAUGGGAGUAGAUAGCUGGUGUGGUUAGCUGUUGUUCCUGAAUAUAGCAGUUCUUUUAUCUGCAAGUACGUGGCAUCGCAGAUUUUGUUUCAAAACAAGUAAAGUCUAAUUUGUCAUUUACCUUUGGGAGUGAGUCAUUUUUGGGGAAACAAUUUUUGCACGCCUUCUGAUCUUAACUGGUGCGUGAAGCACGACAAACAAAGAGAAGUGCCGUGCUUGCAAACUACAGACGCUGACAUAUCUUUCUUACAUUAUAGUAUACGCACAGGGAGUAUAAAGCGAGCAGACCGUGAGUAAGUAUCGUUAUAAAGUUUUCCUAAUUUGAAAAGAUUGAAUUAGAUCUCUUGCCUACAAUUUACGCUUAGUUUCUUUCAGAAAAUUUAUCGCUGUUAAACUGAAAGAUAUAAAAUGAAGUUAGUGUUUCUUGUGUUAUGUCUUUCGCUUUUUGUGGGUUUUAUCGCCAGCGCUCCAGCAGGCAGGCGUCAAAGAAAUCGAAAUCGUUACCGUAAUCCAAGGGUGCUGAGAGUUAGAGGCCGUUGGACUCAGCGAGAUAUCGCAAAUGCUGAAUCGGCAGACAGUCCUCAAUAUCGUUUCGAUGCUAAUGGUCAAGGGUGGUAUGUAAACCCAAAUAACAGACCAGCAGCUUUGAAUGCACCACCACUUGGGGCGCCUGGGGCACCAGCAAGAUUUGUACAGUCAUUUAGAUCGCAACUCAACGUUAAAUUUGGGAACAACGGUCCUCCUGGAGUGGUGGCUCCUAGUCAGGUAAUAAGUCCUCCAGUUGGUCCUGCCCCAAACCCAAGCAUCGGUGCACGAAGACCUGACAGCAUUGUGGAACUGACCGACGAUGACAAAGAGCAAAUAGCUCUUGAAUUUUUCGUGAAAGCAAAUUACACUUCCAAUUCUCUCACCGACAAGACUACGCUUGUACGAACGAUGCAACGAAAUUAUGGUCUUCCUAUUACAGGGAGACUGGAUGAUACGACUGUUACGUACAUGAUGGCACCCCGAUGUGGCCACCCCGACGCACCAGCAGAAUUCAACACCUUCCCUAACCGUGAUAGGUGGACAUCAAACACUGUGACCUAUAAAAUAACGGGAUACACACCAGACAUGAGUCCAUGCCGUGUUCGUAACACAUUCAAGAGAGCAUUUAGAGUGUGGGAAGAAGCAACUGCUUUGAACUUCGUCGAAUCACAAACUGAUGAUGCCGAUAUGAUUAUUUAUUUCGGAUAUCAGGAACACGGAGAUGGGUAUCCAUUUGACGGUAAGGACGGUCUGUUAGCGCACGCAUUUGCUGCGGGAACUCAUUCGCUUGCUGGGGACGCACAUUUCGACGAAGGAGAGUUUUGGACUCUUGGCGAUGGUAGAGUGGCGGAUACGUAUUAUGGAAAUGCGGAUGGAGCUCCUUGCCACUUCCCCUUCAUGUUCCAAAACGUCGAAUACACGACUUGUACAACAGCCGGAAGAUCCGACGGAAUGGAAUGGUGCGCCACCACUCGGAACUUUGAUGAAGAUCAGCAGUUCGGAUUUUGUCCACACGAAGCACUGUUCACAUAUGGUGGAAACGCCGAUGGGGACCCAUGCACUUUUCCUUUCAAUUUUCUGGGUGAAACAUACAACACAUGCACAUACGAUGGAAGAUCGGAUGGAUACAGAUGGUGUGCGACUACCAGCAGUUUUGAUACUGAUAAAAAGUGGGGAUUCUGUCCUGAUAGAGCGCGUGGAACCGAAGGCGGCAAUGCAAAUGGAGCGUCGUGUGUUUUUCCAUUCAUAUUUAAUGGCAACAGUUAUUCCGACUGUACGACCAUUGGUCGAAGUGAUUACAAAAAAUGGUGUUCUACCACUGACAACUACGACACCGAUGGAAAGUACGGAUUUUGCCAAGAGUCCGGAUACAGUUUGUUUCUUGUGGCAGCUCAUGAGUUUGGGCACACCAUUGGUUUGGAUCACUCCAACUCACAGGGAGCUCUUAUGUAUCCAAUGUAUCAAAAGUUUACAAAUUUCCGUCUUCCACAAGAUGAUGUUAAUGGAGCACGGGACCUUUAUCCAGCUGCACGAACAACACCAUUACAGCCACUUGUUCUAGAAAAGUGUGGCGGAGAUUUAUCAGUUACAGAAGGGGGGACUGAUAGUGGAACCGGGACGGGGACGGGGACGGGGACGGGGACGGGGACCGGAACCGGGACGGGAACCGGGACGGGAACCGGGACGGGAACCGGGACGGAACGGGAACAGGAACAGGGACCGAUGACACGAACAUUUUUCGGAGACGAAAUCUUCAUAUUUCUGGAAAGUCAAUUUUGGCGCUGGAAUAUAGUUACUGGCAGCAAAAGUGGACCUUAUCCAAUAAACAGUCAAUGGCCGGAUUUGCCCGAUUCGAUUGACGCUGUGUAUCGAAAACCGAACGAUGGACCUCUUGUGUUUUUCAAAGGUACCCGAUAUUGGAUGUUUUCGGGAGAAAGGCUAAUGGCAGGUUAUCCGAAGCAAGUGAGUACAUUGGGUCUUCCUGCGGAUGCCAACUUUAAGAUGGAUGCCGCGCUUAAUUGGCUGCGAUCCAAGAACAGGAAGCGUACUUACUUUUUUGUAGGAGAACAGUUUUAUAGGUAUAACGAAGAAAAAAGCAAAAUGGAUCGAGGUUAUCCAAAACCGAUGUCACUAUGGAGACGAGUUCCGCGUAACGUUGAUGCUGCGAUGGAAGAUCCUACAAGAGCACGGUAUUCCAUGUUUUUCAAAGAAAACAAAAUUCAUUACUUAAACAACUACAAGGUUGAGGUUCUUCAAAUCGAUCCUCUUGAUAUCUGGUUAGGAUGCAGAACACGAGUGGCAUCAGCUGUACCUCUGCGUGCAGGGCCUUCAAGAGACAGAGGUUCCCCAUAAAAAAAACACUCCAUAUAGUGUUGUUGUGAUAUAAAUCACAUUACAUACAUUCUGAAAGUUCAGAAUUCUGUAAUUUGUGAAAAUCUUACACACGCGCAUUUCUUCCAUAAUAUAACACGUCUUCACCGAUUUAUUGUUGGUUUAGUAUAGUAGAAUAUAGGGGAAGGCCCGACACCUUUUCAUUCUACUUUCUCGUCCCAAUUGGCAGUAAACAAAGAAAAAUCAAAGAAUUAAUAAAUCGUAUUCUCACGACUCCCAUAGAUCGUUGGUAAUUGUUUAAAACACGAUCAGAAUGUUUAGAUAUUAUGGUCCCCGAUGUCCCGUCUUUCCCCAUUGUACUAAAUCGUCGCCUAGCAUGCAUUGUUUUAAUUGACAAUCGACUUUGUAAUAAUUUGAUUAAUAUGUAA